CAGGGCGAUGCUGUGCAGUGGUCAUCUAUUACUACUCCUGGCAAGUAUACCUUAUAGCUUUCUGCUGAAAAACUAUGAGGAGGAUGAAGAUGAAGAUGAUGAUCUGUCACUGUCAACAUCCCAGACCCGUGGGGAUCCUGCCCAGAAUGUAUCUGGUUGUCCAGCUCAAUGCACCUGCCCAACAGAGGAGACAGUGGAUUGCGGUGGCCUUGACCUGCACAUUUUCCCCAGCAAUAUCUCUACAGACAUCCAGCAUCUUUCAUUGCAGAAUAACCAAUUGCAAGAGCUACCCUUCCAUGAACUAUCCCGUCUGAUCAACCUACGAACCCUCAAUCUCCAUGACAAUCUGGUCACCUCUGAUGGUCUUCCGGAUGAAGCCUUUGAGCCACUGCAGUCACUUCAGUACAUCUAUCUGGCCAAUAACAAGCUAUCCGUGGCACCACAGUACCUACCUCACACACUACGCAUUGUGGACCUUGCUGCCAACCACCUGACCUGGGUCUUUCCACUCACCUUUGGGCAUAAGCCUGGUCUCAGGUCUGUUUAUCUGCACAACAAUUACUUGAACAACACUGGCCUGUCCUUUGAUGCUUUCAAUGGCUCGGAUGCUGUCAGCACCCUAAUCCUUUCCAACAAUCGGCUCACCUAUGUGCCCCAGAAUUUGCCCUGUGGUGUUGUUCGCCUCCAUUUGCAGAAUAAUCACAUUUCUCGUAUCCCUAAAGGGGCCUUGAACAGCCAGGGGCACCUCCGGGAGCUUUACCUGCAGAACAAUAAUCUAUCCAGUGAAGGCCUGACCCAUUCCACCUUCAGCAAGCUGAAGAGACUCGAAUAUCUGGAUCUUUCCAACAACAACUUGACAGAGGUGCCUGCUGGUCUUCCUGCCAACAUAGUAAUACUACAUUUGGGCCGAAACCACUUGAAGGGACUACCGCCUGAGCGUCUUAGCCGCGUGCGAGGCCUGCAGUAUCUCCUAUUGCAAAGCAAUGCUUUGACAGCUUCAGGGAUGCACCCAGAGGCCUUUGCCCACUUGCGCUCCCUGCAUACACUCCAUUUGUACAAUAAUCAGCUAGAUGGAAUCCCACCUGGACUUCCGCGGCGUGUCCGAUCCUUGAUGCUACUGCACAACCAGAUUGCACGCAUUGGUUUGAAUGACUUUGCGGCCACGUAUGCUUUGACUGAGCUCAAUCUCAGUUACAACCGGCUUUAUAGUGCCCACAUCCACCGCCUGGCCUUCCGUAAGCUUAGGCUCCUAGAAACUCUGGACAUCUCUGGCAAUAGACUCACGCUGCUCCCGGCUGGGCUGCCCAACAGUCUUCAAGUCCUCAACCUUCAGAAGAACCAGCUUAAUGCUCUUUCUCCAGAACGGUUAGUUAACCUCACCAUGCUUAAAGAGCUGCACCUGGCACACAACCGGCUGAAGAUCAGCAGUAUUUCUCCAGGCACUUGGCAUGAGCUGCAUGGGCUCAAGCUCCUGGAUCUGAGUUUUAAUGAGUUGUCAUACGUUCCACCAGACCUUCCAGAAUCACUGGAAUAUCUAUACUUGCAACACAACAGAAUUAUUCUCAUUAUGGCUGAGACUUUCCUGACAACACCCAACAUACGGGUCAUCUCUCUCAGAUCCAAUCGAUUAUUGGCAGCCAAUGUGACGGAAGAGGCAUUUGCAGACCUAAAAUUCCUGGAAGUAGUAGACCUGGCAGGCAACCCAGAGCCUAUCAGCACCUCUCUCCUGCAAGCUGGACACCAGGCCCAGACUCAGAUGGGCACCUAGGAAGGCAGCCUGGAAGAGAUUACCAUCUGGAAUUCUCUGCACUACUCUACUUCCUUAGGUCUUUUGAUCAAUCUAACCAACCUGCUAACAUCUGGAGGGGGUUUUGUUGUAUAGUGUUUACUCUCCCGGUUUCCGUCAGCCAAAUACAACAAAGCCAGUGCAAGCGAGCUGCUUUUCUUGGGAGCAAAACUGGAAUGCUGAUUGCCAAUGGGUCUACAUUUGGCUUGGCUAAGCUUUCCUGGAACUACAGUGACAGUCAUACCCAGAAGAAGUUAGUGCAUCCUCCUGCACUCACUUGCAAUGUUGGCUAGGACAUAAAAUAUUCAGUGGAGCACUUCCCCCACAGUUCCUUCUUCUGCAUCACUUCUCAUAUGUAUUUCCAAUCUAACAGCCCAGCUGCUGCAAUGAGCUAGAAAGUUGCAAAUGCCAAGGUUUUCUUCCCCAUGUGUCAAAUCCCAUUUGCAAAGGAGAUGACAGAAAUGAUAGCUAGGCUAUUCACCAUCACACAGAAUUAUUAGCCAGCAUUUUGAUCUCCUAUAUUUAUGACUGUU